GCACUCACACGGGUCCGUCAGUCUGAUUUCCAGUCUCUCUCUUACAUACACACUCAGUGUCUGCCUCCUGUGCGUGUCUCUCCAGCCUCAUGUUCACACCAGCACCACCACGCCGGAGCAGAUUCCCUGUCUAGCCGACACUGAGAGCCCGCAGUCAGGGGCUGCCGGGGUCCACUUAGCGGUGCCAGGAUGCGGUGCCAGAAGUUUUGGGGACCAUGUUCGGUUGGAUUUUAUAUCUGGGCUACCAUGCUUUUCAAAGGUAGGACUGUGCCUUAAGUUUUUGUGGUGCCUCUUCAAGGCAACCCCUGCAAUGAGUGAAUAAGUCUAAGAUCAGUGGAGACAAUAAGAUGUGAAUUAUAUUGACAGGGAAGUUACGCAUGGGUUUUUCACGAGUGGGCAGCUAAAUAUUGGCUUCAGGUUCUCUGUGUGAAGUCUGUAAGGCAAUGUGCAUUUUUCCAAGACAUGGUGGCUUGUUCUUUUGCAUGACAAACUAGCAAAAUUUGGGGGCAAGAUUUGAUUAUGUAUUUGGUUAGAGGCAGUUCAUGCUGCCUUUGUUGUACUCAGUGGAUUAAAUCACUGUGGCGUGUUUUGUAUAGUCACCCAGUGUUAUAUUGAAAGGACUGGCUGCUGAAUCUUUAAAGUGACAAAUAUGCAUUAGUUAAGACCAGAUCAGUUCUUUCUAUUACAUGAGUUUAAGUCUGUUUAUGACCAAACAGUUUAUAGUAUAUACCUCUGUCAUCUGCUGAUUUAUUUGUCCUGGAGUUAUUUUUAUACUCAUGUGCCUGUCUUUAUGCAUUUGUGUAUAUAUGAUAAGAGAGUGGGCAUUAAUGCGAGCUCAUUCGUGUGCAAUGAGAAGUGCAUGCAUGGCUGUAAUUCUCUCCUAAGCCCCAUCCCAUAAUGAACAUAACCAUCAGCAUCAUCAUGUCUAACAUCUGGGCAGUUUACUUAGCAGUUUGUGACACAGCGGCUUUACAGUAGAUCUGCAUCUAAACCCUUUGUGUUUUAUGUGUGUGAAAUACCACCUUCAAAAGUCCAUAUACCCUUAUCUUAAUCCAGUCUGUGGCCACAUUUCGAGUGUGGAAAGCCUGACACAAACUGUAGGGAGGCUUAAAAAUGAUAGAAUAGAGGCUGAUCCAUCACAAGAGGGAUCUGACGUCUGUUUGUGAAGGAUUAUCAAAAGACAUUUAAAUCCUCCUUUUUUUCUGUCAGUAUUUACAAGAACCAGCAGACAAUGUUAAAAAGUUUUGAACUUUUUGUGGGGAAAAAUGCAGCUGAAAAAAAUGGAGAAGACUAAAGAAAGAGAGGAGAAUGGAUUUCACUUUUGAGCAGUUAUAUGGCCACCAUAACGCCAAAGGGCACCCUUAAAAGCAUGACCACAGAUCCCAUGAUAUAUCAGUGUUAUAUUUUGUAAGUAGGUUUAUUCCUGAAUCUUUGGUCAUGGGCCUUAAUGUUCUCAUUCAUUUUAUUGUUUAGCGGCUUUAGUCAGUAAAGGCCAAAACACAUUUGAUUUCAUGGUGUUGUAAAAGUACAUUAAAAAUCUUUGAUUUCUGACAAAUUGUAACUGGGAUAGCCCACUACACAGGAAAUUGAAAUUUCUGUCACAGUUUUGCUUAGUCUAGUGUGAAAGGCUCAUGAAGGUGUGCCAAAAAUACAAAUUGUGAUUUUUUUACUAUCCUGACCUUCACUGAGAGGAUCAGAGACCACUAAGAGUAGAAAAGCCCAGCACAGAUGCUGUAAUAAUAUCUGCUCUAUUUCAAUGCAACACCUCAUUUCUUUCUCUUUCCCCUUCAUUUUGACACACACUCUCUCUCUCUCUCUCUCUCUCUCUCUCUCUCUCUCUCUCUCUCUCUCUCGCUCUUGCAGACUUUCCCCAAUGCCUUUGUCUGAAUUUUGCAUGCUCAGCGUUGUAACAACUUUUGUAGACUCUUUGCUCUUUAAUCAUAAAUUAGAAUUGACUUUUUUUGCCUUUGUUCAGCAUUUCAGGCAACUGUUCAGGUGUUGUAAGUGCUGCUGUUUUGGGCUGGGUUCAAAUUGCCUCAAAAGUUUAUAAGGUGGAACUUCACAAUGAGGAACUUUUAAUGUUCUGAAAUUAAUGUGUGGAUACACCUCUUGCUCACCUGUGGAUUUUUUUCUCAGGUCUAGAUUUUGAAAAAAUAUGCACAUCAUAUUGGAUUGUGUGCAGCAUGGCAGAGAAGUAAAUGUGGUGGGCAAGCAGUCUGUGUUGCAACAUGGCAAAGGUCUUAGCUUCUGGAUUAGGAUUAAAUGUCCAGGGGUUUGAGGGCUCUGAGCUCUCAGCAAUAGAUUAUAAAUCUAACCUAUAGAAUCCCAUGCAUCUGAAACCCCAUUUACACAACACCACAUGCUCUGAUCUCUGCUCCCCACUGCAGACUGUCAUAUGGACAAGAUGUGUUAAUGGAUGGAUCCAUGAGUGGGUGAAAGCAUCUUAAACAGACAUCUAAACACAGUGGUGUAAACACGUGUACAGGCACGUGGAAACUUUUUUUAUUUCUUACAGAGAAACCCACAAAAAGAGAGUCAGAGAAAGAAGUGAAAAACAGACCUUAUAGAAAGUGCAGAAGGUUGAAGUGGCUCAUGUAAAACCGAUUCAGUGCCAGAUUUGUCCCUAUGGCCUCUUUUACCAUCUCCCAUCUCUCUUUACAUCCCCUUCCUUUCAACUCAUCAUUACUUGUUUUAUAUUGUACUUUCUAGCAUUGACCUAAUGCCCUUCUCAUGCCUUUUUAAAUAUAAAGUGGCACUGAGUUCCCCAGUGCAUGAUUUAUGUUUAUGUCCCCAACUAAAAUGGGUACAACACCACACAGAACACAGCAACUAAAAGCCAACAUUACUCUCUGAUUGCGCUACAAAGGAGGCAGAAUUAUUAAAUAGGAUUUAUUGUAUUGUUCAUACCGUCAACAAGCAGGAAAUCAAAUUAACAAUCAGCACUACAUCUUUUUGCUUUUGCUGCUUUAUGAAUGCAAGUAUGAGGGUUGCAGUUAUUCAAUCACUGUUCUUCCUCAGUAGUCUUUUAAUUCUUUGUUGCAUUACUUUCAAAGCAUUUUAGUAACCUGUAUGAACGACCAUGAUUUUCUCCUACUUUUAUUUUCAUCUCCCUCUAACUCAGUUUCUUUUUCUCCUCCCUGCCCUUCUUUUGCAUCCUGUCUCCUCCAUUUUCGUGCAUCCUGUUAUCCCUCCCACAAUUUCAGACUCUUUACCCCUCUUCAUCCCUCCUGGUUUGUGUGUGUGUAUAAGUAUGUGUGUUUGAACAGGUUAGGCAUUAAGCCAGCCACCUUGGUCAAGAUGUAGGUUUUAUGGCUGCUGAACAUCUGGAUACUUUACUGCUGACCGCCCCUGACUCAUUCUCAUUCUGAAUGAUUGAUGGUGAAAUAAUGAGGCACUAGACCAACGAAGAAGUGACCUUAAUUUAAAUCAAUGCACUCUUGGUUAAUUUGAGAGGCAAUGUUGUGCAUAAGCUACACACUACACAAUCAGAAUGAACACACACACACACGCACACACCUACUAAUCCAUACAAAGUAACUCUGAGCGUGUGCAAGCAUGAAUAUCCUCUCUGGCUUUUGAGACACAAUGCUUCACCAGAAGUACCAAUAUGAGACAGUUUUUAAAAAUAUAUAUUUAUAUUGUGCAAAAUCAUGUCAACACACAGACCUGGACACACACCUUUUAGCCCCUUGACCUUGAUCCCACAAUUCUUUCCACGAGGGUUGUUUUUCUUGAAUACAGGUUAAUGGCAGGUUUCAGGGUCUAGGCUAUGAGCUUUGGGGCAGAUAGAUAGCUUCUGUUAAGAUGGACACCCAUGGGAAAGACAACAUCAGGACAUAUAUUUGGUAGAGACUUGUUGACACAAUAGGGUGAGGUCAGACACCGUGUGCUUGAGUAACUGCUUUAUGACUGUACUUUAUAUGAGACAUGCUGGAUAUCAACCCUGAUGCAUCACAGGGGAAACCAGUGUUUUUGGUACCUGAUGUACUGUAGUACAUGGAUUUGAUAAACCACUGACUGCCUGUGAUAAUGAUAAUCCCAGUAUAAGAUGACUUUUCAAACAAGAGCCACAGACACACAUUUUAAUGUAAAUUUAAACAUGCAGCUGUUGUGUGUUGUGGGCUUUGUUUUAGUUAAUAUGCAACAGAUCUCACAGCGACAGACAAACAGUUAUUAGUUGUAGUCAUAUUGCUCCCUCCACAUCAUUUUUGGAUUGUGUGUAUGCAGUUAUUAUUUUUCUGCCGUGUCUCUGACACACACUUAACACACUCAAACCUAAGAAAUUUGCAUCAAAAUAGCAGCAGAUGUGGUAUUUGUCUUGGUGUUGACUGUCCUUACUCUCUGGGAGUGGGCGUCCGUCAGCAGUUUCUUUGUGCAAUGUUUUCCUUCCAAGCCUCACAUUUCUGGUCCCUCUGUCCCAAAGCAUUCUGGGAUCAGAGUGAAGAAUAGACUUGCUUCUUAAUAUUAACUUUUCAGGUUAUGUUAUACAUUUGUCAGCAUAUUGAUUAAAAUUAUCAUAUGUUUUCCUCCAGAGAUAGCAUGAUUGCUAUAUUGAUAUUUCUGGUAUUUCUAUGUUUUCUGCAGUCUGCAAUCGUAAGGCAGACUGGGAAAAAGCUGUGCCCCUCUUGUCGAAGUAUUGAUUAAGAUGAAGAAAUUCUGGGGCCAGGGGUUUGGUAGGUAAAAGAGCAAAAUGGCCGUGAACAGGUUUUAAUGUUAACUGUGACAGCUUAACUUACCUUUGAGGGGAAAAAGGUUAAACUGGGUGCAAAUUUAUGUAAUUUGGCCUUUUACUGGGACACCAAAGCACACCCUAUGAUGGGAAGCAUAAUGCCGGUUCCUCUGGUCACCCUCUGUGAACUAACAACAGUCUUGGAUAAUAUUAACUUCAUACUAAUCCAUUUACCAUCUUUUCACUCUGUGUCCUACAGAAAGUCUCAAAAAAAGAAAAGUAGUAUUAACAAGAACCAACACAACACAAAAGUUCUUUGCAGAGACUUUAAAAAAAGGAUGGAUUUGGUUAAAAGGAAAAACCACGGCUGUGAUAGGCUGAGACACAUUAGCUAAAGAAAGUAGAGAUCUCCUGAUACGAUAUUGAUAAUGGAUAUCAGUCCAAUAUCUGCAAAAAAACAAAUAUCAAAGUAUAUCGCCCUGCAUCUAAAAUCUCCUAUAUCAGCACUCCGAUACAAGCAGUCCACUCCAGACUCCGCUCCAGCACCUCUAUCUAGCCGCACCCAGAUCCAGCAUGCAGAGCCCAAGUGAUCAUAACAACAGUGUGUACUAUGAUACUAACAAAGUAGCAAAGAGAAGGAGUGAUGUUGGCCGUGUGGCAGUAUUUCUUGUUAAUGUCCGCAAAAGACGUUGCAGGCGAGUGCAAAACUUGUCGUGUAAAAGUUUGAGCUAAUAUCGGAUCAAUAUUGGUAUCAGCCAAUACUGAAGGCUACAAUAUCGGUAUUGUAUCGGAAGUAAAAAAGUUAUACCGAUCUUAAAACUUCACAUUGUUUUGUCUCACGAUAGGACUUGUGGAAUACUCACACAGACAUUUCCACAGAGACACACUAAAAUAUCUUUAUAUUCAUUUUUAAGUCAAGCUGCUGUCACUAUAGUUUAAAUUAAAACUUUUUCUUUAAAUCAAUGUUGACAUCCAACAUAAGGCUGUCGGGUUCAGGGUUGCUCAUUACUGCAGUAUGGGUAAAAAAUCUCUGAGGAGCAUUUCCAACACUUGGUUGAAAGUAUGCCACAAAGAAUUGAGGCAGUUCUGAAAGCUAAAGGGGGUCCAACCCGGUAUUUGCAAAGUGUAGUUAAUAAAGCUGCUGGUGAGUGUAGAUUAGCUAGUUUUUAAUUUUCAUUUGACUUUGAGCUGAAAGAACAAAAACACGAGUUGGGGUGAGGUGUCUUCACAGCCUUGUUGUGCAGUUGGUUCAGUGAUACGAUGACAGCCCCAGUCCCCCCAAGGAAAAAAGAAGUCACUCUUACAUCUUGGCUGAUAUUAUAUAAAUGUUUAAGCAGCAUUUUAUGAUUAAAAAAAAUCUCACUCUGCCUUCUUUUAACAGUCAAAUAUAUCACCCACACAUGUCCUCUUUCUAUAUCAUUUGAGAAACCAUUUGAAAGAUCUCUCCAUGCAUAAUAUGAGCAGCGUAAAAGCCGUUGACCUUCAUAUAUUGUGGUUUGUGGGUUUUGCCAACCUGCAAUGUCAUCACUUCAUGCAAACUAAUCACAUAUAUAACAUUAAAAUGACUAUUGAUUCAUGAUAAUUCAACUAAGAGCCUCGACUUUUAAUCAUGUUUUCUACCAAGAGACAUUUAGUGACAUCAUUUUUGGUUUCCCCAAAAGCAUAGUAGUGAUAAAAUCCUCCUUAUCAUGAUCAUAGAUGACCUUAUCUCUAUAAGUAAAGUAGAUCAUGGCAGAAACAGACUGAGGAACAACUGAGGCCAUGAUCUUUCCUCUACAUGCUUUCAUCCUAAUAGCUCCGGAUGUGUGUUUGUGUGUGUAUGUUUGUGUGUGUGUGUGUUUUACUGCAGCUCAGCCUAGGAUGGGUUUAGCUGGGCUCAUCAGAGGCACUGAAAUACCCUUAUGUAGGCGGUGGUCAUUUAGUGCUCAGCCAAAAAUAGCGAUCCUGUUUGUAUUUGGGUGCACAUCUGUUAUAGUGUGUGUGUGAAAGAGAGAGUGUGUUAGUGAGUCCCUCAGGCCGUCUGUGUUUGGAUAGCCUGUGUCUGAUGGGUGUUUGGAAACCUCAUCUGAACGCACUGACCCACAAAAAAUAUUCAAAUGGGACUGAAUGGGCCUGGCUGGAUUUCUCUGAGUAUGGUAAUACGUGGGUUUGUGUACAUGAAUUUGAAGAAGGGAGAAAGUAAAGAUCCUUGCUUAUUCACCUUGAAAAAUCAACUUAAAUUUUUUGCGUCACAGUUCACACUCCUAACCACACUUCCAUACAAAAAAAAACAAUCCCAUUAUUUCCUCACAGAUACCGCUAACAAACUGGUGACAGCACUGAGCAUGGCUGUGCUUUUCAGGCUUUUGUUUAUUUCCUCACAGCCUAAUGAGCUUUAAAAUGUGCUCAUUUACUGCACAUCAGAACAAAAAUGCUGCACGCAGAAAAAAGUGAGUGCAAAUUUGGGACAAGGCAGGAAGCCUCGUAGAGGUAAAAGGGGAAACAAAGACAGAGGUAUCAAAAUUGUGAAUAUGGUAAGAUUUGGAGAGACAUGUAUAAGAAUAAAGCAGCUGAUGGAGGGAGAAAGGGGCAGUCAAAUGUAGAGUAAUGAAAAACGCCCAGUAGAUCUCAGAGAGGGAGGUGUUGCAAACAAGCGUCAUGGGUUUUCUAUGAGAUGGUGUGAAGAAUUUUGAUUUGAAGUGGAGAUCUUGAGAGGAAGUAAGAGAGAGACAGAGAUGUAUAUGCACCUGAUUUCCCUAAUAUAGUCUUUUACAUUUGCAUAUUAUGAAUGUGUUGAAUGCCACCAACUCACGUGAUGUGAAUUUCUGAAGAUCUGCUUUCUUUUACAUCCUGAAUCUUCAUCCACCCCCCUGUCUUUUCAUGCUCCAUUUGCCCUGUGAAGAGUUACAUUUGUUGAAUAUUUUUAAACUGAGUGAUGAGAAACCCGUUGAAUCCUCCAGUAUUGGACUGUGCCAGCAACAUCUGAAAACAUGGAGAGUAUAAGAUUGUACAUUCAAGGGGUGUUUGAUGCUUAAUGUGUAAAUAAAAUGAUUUGCUAUUUUUAAGGUUGGGUUGUUUGGGCUAUUCAAAGUUAUGGACUGAACAGACAAAAUUCACUUGUUUGCUGGGCUAAUUUUGGCAAUACCUGGAUAUAUAUGGAUAUGAAAUACAGUGUUUGAAUUGUCAAAACCAGACCAUAGUUCAGAAGUCAGAAUAGAACAAACUUUGUGAAAUGAACUGAGAAAUAAAGUUGAAGAAACAGCCUUGAAGUAUCUUUGUUAUUUGGCAGCACCCGGAGUAACUUUAAGUUCUUGGAGGAAUUUUCAGCAAAAAAAAAAACAAAACAUAACACAUCAGUGUAGCUAUUGCUUUUUUCUGUAAUUAGUUUUUAAUUCUUCAAACUGUUGCUGUAAGUAGGUGUCAGAAUUUAAAGAAUUUCUUCUUUCCUGGAAUUCUUAAAUCUGGAUGUGCUUCUUUUAAUCCCACCAGAAACAGAAGGUCUCAUUUCAAAGUCACAGACAAUUUUUUUUAAUGUUUCAUUUGAAUGGCUCUAAACCUUUGCAUCAGGGGUUGGAGCCUUUCCAAGCAAAGGCUGAUCUAAGACAUGGUGACAUAUUCUUGGAUGCUGGUUGGUUAUCUCACUGCCAUCGGGCACAAAGCAUAAAACAUCUUUUCUCAUCUCUGAAUUUUUCAUUUCCUCUUCAUUCUAAUUUACAAUUAUUUGCACAAAAGCUCAUAUUCAAUAGUCUUUCACAGAGUCUUGGUGUUGAGGAAACCCACAAAGAAAAAAUUGGCUUGGUCUCAAUGGAGUCUUUGUGAAUAGUACAAUAUAUUCAUAUUUUGUGGGAUUCUGCCAAGCUGAAAUAAAUGGUCCCCAUAAGGCGCUGCUGCCCUCGAGGUCCCAGAGGUCCCAGAGGUGCCCAGAAGCAGCCCUGCUCUGCUUAUCAAACUAGAGCUAAUGUGCUAUGCAGACACACCGGGGCUUAGUGGCAAUCUCAAGGUGCUAUAUUAUUGAGCAGGUUGAUGUUAGUGUGUACAGGGUUCAACUGUACAUUCAACGAAAAGAAACAAACAAACGUGUGUUAGCUGUUUACAUAGAAGUAACAUUGAGCAUAGAGGAAAUCGAAGAAAAACAGCUGCCAGUUCUUUAGUGUGUCUAAAUCUGGUGACAAAAUGAGGCCUGGAAAUUAUCAGUGUUUUUAUUACAGCACUCUGAACAGUUUUUAUACACUGAAAUUAAAUGUAAUGCCCUUAAAAAUUCAGAUAAUAUGCUUUUUUCACUCAGUUUCUCUCAAUUGCCUUAACAACAGGCAAGUAAAUGGAGCUUUUUUUCACAUCUGACAUUGUUCUUGAUUACUUGAAUUCACAUACUCUGUUGUGAGUCAAGCAUCUCUAUCUUGUCUGAAUGCUGCUCGUCUUUUAACUGGUAGAAAUGUGAGCAAAUGUCACUCAGUCUGGUGUCUCUUCUUUAGGUCCCAGUGUGUCUUAGGAUUGAUUUGAAAAUUACAUUUCUGACUUUGACAUCACUAAACGGGCUAGUUCUUACUUAUCUCUCUUUUAAAAACCACAUUAUUUACCAAAGACAUUCAGCUCUACUGAUCAGUUAUUUCUGGCUGACCCGAGGUCUAGACUUAAGCUCAGGGGGUCCAAGCCUUUUUUUUUACUUACUUCUCCAAUCUUCUUAAAUGCUUUACUUCCACUUGACUGUCCCCUUCACUGCCUGUCUUAAAAGCAAACCUCAAAACACACUUGUGCUCCUUUACUUUUUUGAGGGUCCCUCUUUCUUUGAAUUGUUUUUCCUUCCCAAAGGUCUUAACACUUUUUAUUAUUUUACUGUCUCAUUGUUUUAAUUGGUUUUAUCAUGUCAAUGGUCUUUCACAUGCUGCUUGUACAGCACUUUGGUCAACUCCUGUUGUUUUUAAAUAAGCUUAAUAAAUAGAUUUGGAUUGCAUUGAACUCAGAGCCAACACAUUUCCUUCUUUCAGCCUUAAUAAAGCCAAGGAGAAGGAUUAAAAAACGAAAGGCUUACUUUACACUAAUUUAGAGGGGAAAAGUGCUAACACGUGAAAGUAUACUAACUGCUUUGUGAAUUCAUUACUGAAGUUAGUUCAGGCGUCAGCUCUUUUGUUCAUGCUACACAUUUACAGCUGUUAAAUAACCAGCUGUCUUGAAGCAUGUUGUUUUCAUGCAGGUGAAUUAUUCAAUGUUCAUGCAUGUUUUUAUGAAGCGGGAAGUCAAUUUCUCAGCAGAUGUGCGCGCAUACUUGGCCAACAAGGCUGAUUCUGAAUUUCUUUUAUUUGCCUCUCCAGCUGUGUUAUCCUCUCUGAUACAUUCAGUACCUCUGACUAUAACAAGGGCACCAGUACUGCCAAAUUAUUAGCACUAAACUUGGACUGGAUGAAUGAGCACCAAAGUCAAAGGCUGGUGACGUUAUCAGCUUAGCAAUUCAAAAUUAUUUUGACUCUUUAUGCUGGCAUCCUAUCUCACAAUUCCUGUUUCCUGUUUCCCUCGUUCUUGUUAAUGAAAAUCCUCAAUAAUGGUUUGUAACUGUAUCAAUGCGUUCAUAAUUGAGGGGCAUUUUCUGUUCCUCAUGAUUCAUAAUUGGUAAUAGGGAUAAUCAUACCAACCAGUGACCUUCCAAAAGACCUGGACAAAACCCACCGCUGACCCCUGACAUUUUAACUGUAAUGACCACUGUUGUGAUAGAAAACUGAUGGAGUAUUGAUCCAGAGCUGCCUAUCAUUAGCAUGUCUGAAUGCAACACACACACACACACACACACACACACACACUGGAUUAAUAGACUCAUCUGGACACUUUCUCCAUCAAAGUGUAACUGUGAUGAAGUCUUUCCUCGUUCAUUAGCGUGUGUGUCUGACACCAAAAGGUCAAACCCACUGCAGGAAAAUGGUGUCUAAUGAACCUGACAGCAAGUGCUUUAUCUGAGCGUCAGAAAUGUCACCAGGUCAAAGGUUACAUGUAUCAUCAUCAUCAGCUUCAUCACACUAGCUUUAGAUUAGUGUCUUUGUACCUUUUCUUUUUUUUAAAUGGUACAAGUUUUUUUAUCUUUAAUGAGUGACAUCAGCUUAAACUAGCCAAUCAAAAAUAAUUUUAUUAAAACAUCAUUCAAACACAAUACUUAAGAUUAGGGCUGGGCGAUGAAAUGAUAAUGAUAUAUAUCCAAAAAUUAUUUUUUUUCAUUAUCAAUAAACAACAUGGUCAAUAUGCUUUUCAAUAGUCGCCAUUCUGACAUAUUUUGGUGGACUAUACGAAUAGCCAGUGAAAAGGGGAGUUACUCCAAGUCCGCUUCACGCUGAACCAAUCAUGUGCUGAAUUAGAACCAAGUAACAAACAGUUGAAUAGUAACAGGCUGCAGUUACACGCAACCAUAGCACUUUAACAUGUGAACUGACAGCACUGUCGGUGAGAGAAAAAGAAAAUGAGUGCUAACAGUAGGCAGAAACGCAAAUGAAGGCUCAACAGAUGAUGACAUCGUAGACAACACUGGCCCAAAACAUCAGUGGUGUGGAGGUAUUUUGUUUUUUUGAGGUCCGACAUUAAGCACAGUCAUGUGCACUGCAAAUUAUGUCGAGUAUAUGUUCUCGCAAAGUCAGGGAAUACCUUAAAUUUUUUUCACCACCUGAAGCAGUGCCACGCGGCAGAGCAUGCACAAUGAAAACGGUUACAAACCUGGAGCGAAGCAAGGAGCCCAUGGUGCCUGUGCAGCUGAAACAGCCGACCAUUCAGUCCGCUUUCUCUAGCCCAGAGUCACAAAGACCUCACAGAUGCAGUAGCUUAUUGAAUUGCAAAAGACAUGCUACCAAUAAGUUAAAUUUCAUUUUUUUAUAUCGUGAUGUCGAUAUUGACUGACAUGAAAAAAUAUAUUGUCAUAAAUUUUUUCCCAUAUUGUCCAGCCCUACUUUAGAUGUUUGAUAAAGUAUUUCAUUUCUACUGUGAGCAACACCUCAACCGUCAUUUUCUACAAACCAAAACAACAAAGGUGGAGAACACAGGAAAGAGCUUGAUGAAGAGAUAACAAAUCUCCAUCUCCCCAACCUCCACUCUUAUCCCCUCCCUCUAUUUGAGCUUGUUUGAUGAGGUCGCGCGCUGUGAUCAGAAAAUGAUAUCUUCCUGCAAGCUUCUCAUAUCAGCUUCAUCAGAGAGGAGGUUAGGAAAACACUAAUAGACGUAUCCCUUUUUCCCUGGGGAAUUCUGCACACGUUUGCUUGCAAAUUAAAGUUGGCACAGAGGUUUGUUUCAUUUGAUUAUUUAAUCCCUCCCAAACGCGGGUUUAUGAGUCGAGCAGAAACAGGAGAUUGAGAUUUCUAUUCUUCCUCGCUGACUUCAUUAGUUAGAUUUUGUCUGUUUUGACCUCGGCUGACGAUUCGCAGUCAUACAACAUUGAGAGACACAGAGGGGAGGUUGAGUGGAUUGCAGAUACAGAUGAGGGUUUUUGUUAGAUGUAAAUGUGCUUGUUUAUGCAAGUGCUACUUUGCAUAGAUGGACAGAUUUAUGAGUGUGUGAUGUGUUGUAUUGAUUUAUUGAGAUGUUUUUUCUUUCUUUUCUGGACCACAGCCAUUAGAGCACUUGCCUAAGCAUCCAUUCAACAUGUUAAUAGACCAACAGCAAAACAAAAUACGUCUGUAAAAGCCAUCUCCCACACCAGGUGCUGUAAGUUUGAAAUGUGACGACAAUAGAUAGGGAAAAGAAGGUCAAAUGUGUCUUUUUAUUUAGUGUGGCUCUCCUUAUGUGCAGUCAGAAGGAUUGUGCUGUGUGGAGCAGCUUCUCGUAACUCCACCGUCUUGCUCCUCAGGCUCAGUCCCGCCAUAACUCUCCUCAUUACAGCCUUAAUGGGCCAAUCAACACAGCACCAGGCCAAAGGCACACUUCGUUUUUCCUCACAGCUUAACACAGUCGCAGAGCACCUUCCUCCUCUGCUGCGUAAACCUCUCCUCUUUGCUCUCUUGCUGCAUUGUUGUGAUAGUCUGAUUAUUCAUCAUCCUGUCGUUCACUUGUUCCUCGAUUGGCUUCUGUAUGUUUAUAGUCGGGAGUCAUUAAACUGUCUGUGCAUGACGGCACUACUUAUACAUAUUUUAUAUUCUUGGCUGCUUGUUUAUGAACAGCACAUCGAUACAGGGUGGGUCAUUAUGUGCCAGUUAUUAUCUGUUGUAUGUUACUAUGUCUGCAGUACAUCUGCAUAAAAAGUGUGUUCGACAAAGCUGGGAAUGUCUUUUAUAUUUAUGCUUACGAAGUUGUAGCUUGACCUACUAUAAGCAUUCUGUUGAUCAAUUUCCAUACCUGACUUGGCUGGUGAGAAACACAUAGCAUUGUACUUAAGGGUGUCCCGAUAUGAUAUUGAUAUCGGAUAUCAGUCUGAUAUCAAAAAAAAAAAAGGAAUAUCGGAUUAUAUCAGCUUGCAUCUAAAAUCUCAGAUAUCAGCACCCCGAUACAAGCAGCCCAUUUCAGACUCCGCUUCGGCACCUCUAUCUAGCAGCAAGCUGAGCCAACAAAAUCACAACAACAGUGUGUACUAAGGUACAAACCAUAGACUGUUUAUACUAUGGACAACUUGGUUCUGCCUUCUGCCAGUAUGCAGAUUUUAAGCCGAAAAGCUCUCGGUAAUUCCGUGUUUUUUCUCCAUUUCCUGACACCAACAUUGCGCAGUAGCAUUGUACGCAUUUGUUGGGAGAGUCGCUGAGAGUCGCUGUGAUGACGCUCAUCUCAAACAGCGUAUCCCCUGGAUGAGCAACGUGAUCUUCGUACGCCCAUAGGCUGUAUUGUCAAUCAUAGUAAACAUGAACCCCCUUAUAACUUUUAAAAAUGGAGCUGUACAGAAAAAAGAGGACUUGAGCACAAACCAGUCUUACAGUAACUACAAGUUUGUCCACAGCUCCAUAAGCUUUACUGGCGGAGGCGGGAUUUAUGACCUAUACUGCAGCCUGUCACCAGAGGGUGCUGUUCUCGGAGUGGCUUCACCCAGCGGGGAGGCAGACGGUGUCCAUUCUAUAUACAGUCUAUGGUACUAACAAAGUAGCAAGGAGUAAGAGCAAUGUUUGCCUUGUGGUAGUAUUUUUUGUUUCAGUCCGAAAAAGACAUUGCAGCUGAGUUGAAAACUUGUCAUGCACAAUUUUGUGCCAAUAUCGGAGCAAUAUCGGUAUCGAGCAAUAUUGAAGGCUACAAUAUCAGUAUCGUAUAGGAAGUCAAAAAGUUGUAUUGGGACACCCCUAAUUGCACUACUUAGUAUCAAUCCGGAAGAUGAUCUUUUUAAACAGACUUAUUUUUGCAAAUAUAAAAAAGUGCUCCUAUAGGCAGGUGCUGCGGCGUCCAAUCACUAGGGCACUCUUUUCUCCGGUGAAGGGAUUCAAACAGAUGAAGGUCCCUGAAAGUGAAGCGUGAACACAUUACUGUGAGUACAGACCAUUCAGUGAACAAGCGUUAGAAGCUUGAUAUGAGACAAAUGGCUUGUUAAUACAAAGGAUUUUUGCAGACCAUCAACAACUGGUUCUCAUUGUCUGUGUGUGUUCAGGGGUGUCGGUGUGUCCUUGUCUCCCUUUAUUUUGGGACAAAGGGGUAGUGCUAAAUGUGUGCGGAAGGUGGGGUGAAGCAGAUCAAUACUGGUGAUGAGAGCCGGGCCAACAAACACAUCAUUUUAAUCAUCUUGGACCUGAGCAGGGUGCCAAGUCGCAGCCCUGCCUGACUGGGGGUGAAUGUGUGUAAAUAUGCAUAUGUCAGCACAUGUGUUUAUCUAUACAUUAUUCAGUGAAACUUCAGCUCAACAAUGGACCCCCUCUAAUGCAUUGCUCAUACAAAAAGGCAAUAUGCAGCAUUUCUUGUUGAAAUCUGGAACCUUUGGGCACAGCUGUAAAUAGGCCCUGUGUAUGGCAGCGCGUUUGAAUCCCCACCAGGUAAAGUGUAAUCUGUCUGCAGGCUGGUGCCAACAAAAGAAGGGUAAAAGGUUAUGAAUGCCAUUAAAGCUACUUUUUGGAUUAAAAUUCAGUGCUAGUACUGAGAAUGUGUUCCAAAGUCCAAUCUGCAGGAAAAACGGAUAACCAAAGCCAAGUCACUGAUGAUGUUUUUUUUUUUUUUCAUAAAUCCUGCGCUGGAACUGCAUCAAUCCACGGCUGUCUACAGUUUGAAACACAGACAAACAACUUCAAAAUCUAAGCCAUCAAAUUCAAGAGUGGCACUCUGAAACUAUUAAAAUUAACACAGUUAAACACACUUAACUCAUUAAUUUGACCAGAUAUACAUGACACAUAUUUGUUAAACUUAGACACACACUUAAACUUUAUGAAUAUGUUGAAAAAAAACAGAAAAAAAAACAAACAAGUGAAAAAAAAGGGUAUCAUAAAUUUUUAAAAGCCUGCCUACCACACAUUUUACAAUCUAACUCCAUUUAUGCACUCUUACCUUAUGCUCAAUGUGUCCCUCUGCUUCACUAAAACACACACACACACACACACACACACACACACACACACACACACACACACACACACACACACACACACACACACACAAUCUUCCUGCUUCUCUGCUUGGCAGCACUACACAGCAUUUCCUGGCUGUAUACGCGUUGCAGCAACUUCUUCAUUGUGUAUUUGUCUGAUCUCCUAAUCAUGCUGAUGCAUUAUAACUUACAUAUUCUGCUGUAGAAGAAGGGAGGGUGUGCCAAGUAGAAACAAAAACAAGCACAAAUAUGGCAAGCAGCACUGUCGUCCUUUUUUAAUCUAGAUAAUCUUGUUUUUAUGAUCAAGGAAAGCAAAAUUGUAACUGAAAUUAAAAUUUGAUUCAUCGCCCGGGGUUGUUUUCCAAAAUUCAAGAAUUAACUCUGAGGCAACUGUGUCAAAAUUUAGGUCUGAACAAUUUUCCAGUGCAGUCUGAUGUUAACGUGUUAUAGAGAUAUUUUGCUAUGUUUCCUUUUGUUUUUGUUGUUUUCUCCAGGAUCCCUGCAGGGAGAAUACCAGAGGAAGCUCUACAAGGAGCUAAUGGCUAACUACAACCGACUGGAGAGACCCGUGGUCAACGACUCUGCCCCGAUCCUGGUGGAGCUGGGUCUCACGCUGCUGCAGAUCAUAGAUGUGGUAAGACAGUUGGUGUUCACUUGUGUGCAUGAAAUACGAUGUGUAAGAUAGGAAUUGUGGGGAGAAGUGGAACUGUGUUUUAAGCUGGAAAUACAAUGUGUUGUUAAAAUGGAAACUACUGAUGGAAAGAUGCCUGGAUCCUUGCAGUAUUUCGUGCCACAUUGAGAGACUCUUUGCAAUUAUAAAGUACCUUAGUCCCAGAUCACAACCGUCACAUUUCCCCCUGAACACUUCUUGGGUUGGGGUCAGAAUCAAAAUUGUGCAUUACCUUGAUUCAGAAACGCAUCAAAUCACCAAGUUUAAACACUUCAGUAUCUGUUGUUUCCCCCUCAUAACAGUGCAACAGAAAUAGAGAUAUUAUUAGUGGAAAAACACUGAUUGCUGUGACUUUGACUUUCUGUUGGCAUCACACUGUCGUUGUUUGUCUUAGUCAUUAGAUUAUUGCGUGUUAGUAUUGGAACAACUCUAAAAAAGUUUCCACCAGCACAUUUACAUUCACAGCUUAGUUGAGCUACGGCCGUAGCUGAUAAGGCGAUUUGAACGGAGUCCUUGGGACUGUCCUUGUCCCGGUUUACAUGUACGAGGCAAAAAAUCAAAUUAUUGACAGAAGUGUGUCCGCCUCUGUCACGAUAAGUGUUGACAUGCCCCCUUUCAUCUUGUCACUAUAGGUCACCUCCCUGAUCGAUGUAUUAUAUAUCAAAGUAGUUGGCAAAAUGCAUUAGCAGGAAGCAGGAUGUGUGUAAAACAAUAAAAACGCUGUCACUUUUACAGCUCUCUACCGUUUAUUUGUAUGAUAGGAAAGUUUUGUCCUUUUUUUGCACCUGUGGAGGUUUUAUUUGGUGUUUGCUUCCAAGCAAAGGAUCCUUGCUAUUCAACUUCCCACUUCCUGCUCAUGCAAUCACUGGCAAUAAAGAGCAUUUUGGCCAAUUUCAGACUCAUUCAGCUGUACAUAUAUAUAUAAAUUGACCCCCAACCACAUUAUCCAAGCAUGUUUGACUAUGAAAAGUUCAACUUAGUGUGAUUCCAGGUGGACUAAUGAGUCAACAUGUUUUUAAAAGUGAAGUUUCAGCCUGACUAUAAGGCAGUAAAUCCAUUUUAAUGAACAACAUGUAAACAUGCAGAAUGUUUCAUAAGAAAAAAACAAGAGUCAAGAAUCAGUAGAAGGAAAUAUGCAUAACGAAAGGAAACCCCAGUGUUCUUCUCUAUGCAAAUAACAAAUAACGUGUUAAAGGAUGCUUACAUCCUUAAGUUUCUUGCAUUACUCCCCCCAUCACUAGAAUUUUUUCCUAUUUUUGUUUGCAUCUGUCAAACAUUUCUGUGAUUUUGAAACAGCUUCACAUGUUGGUAGUAAAGUCACACUUCUGCAGGUUGACAUGAGUUAGAGACAGAUCCUCUGAACUAGCACUUAUUAGUUGACAUGAUUCACACCCCGACACACAAAAGCAAUAAACAAAAACAGUAUUCCAUCUUUCAUUUGUUGUUUUUCUACUUUGCUAUCUUCCAGCCGAGUUUUUACCUCAGCUGACUCACAGUAUGUUUUAAAUCUCCUUGUCAGUGUUCCUUUGUUUUCUAUCUUUAUUCAUCAAGGGGAAGCCGGUAGUGUGCAUUUGUUGUUUUUAUGCUCCACUGAGAGAGAGUGGGAUGGAACCUGGCUUGUGUUUUCCUGCAACAAAACAUCAUCCAGCAAUGCACUGAGGUGGCCGAUCAAAUAUAUGAGAGCACAUAUCUCUGUAAGAUUCCUUGUGGUUCACCUUGAAACCCCUGUGACGGAGGAUAAAGUAGCUGCCACCAUCAUAUCUUUUGAUCCAUAAAAUCAAAAUUAAGAUAAAUAUGUCGGUACAAAGGGACUUUCGGCCUCCCUGUUUAACUGCAGAUCUGAUUUCUGUCUGAAUGCCCGCUGAAUGUCUCUCUUCUCCGGGGAGGUGUAAACAUUUCUUAUUUACUUUCGCUUCCCACAUAUCCUCAUCUUGUUUAGACAGCAGAUAAGAGCUGACAAACUCUCCCCAAGGGCGACUGUCCUGAAAGUGUUUUGUACCUACACUUAUUCUGACACCCCUGACAAAUUCACAAUUUAUGAAAAUUACCAUCCCAUUUUCUCUGCCCUCCAGACGCUGACCUGGAAAUCUCUUCAGGUCUUGAAUAAAAAAUUCAGUUCAGAUAAAUCUCACAUGAAUCCAUAACUUAUUAACCACCUAAAACCUCCAAGAUGCUUUGCAAACCAGACGUAGGUUUUUACAGAAAAAAUGAGGUGUUUGCCAGCCAGACAUCUGCUCUUAUACACCGGAACAGACGAGUAAACCGGUUCAUUUUUCGUAAUUGAGUGUUUUCUUCCCACAGGGCCUUGUGCUUUUCACAGAAGGGGAAGUGAAGGGUUGUUUGUCCUCAUUUUUCCUUAUCUUUCUGGUAUUUUUUGUUGUCUCAUCAGUGUCAGAGGAGGAGAUGAUGUUUGAUUAACUCUGAUUUAAUAGAGCUCCUGCCACAGCGAUGUUAAAUGCACCAGUAACCUAAUUAACAGCUUUUCAAUCAGGGGGGAUGUAGUCCUGACUGUCCCUGUGACCGUGAGCAUGGCACUGACACCUUUAUAGGAUUUAGCUAUCAGUUCAAAUGCUUCUGAAGAGUUGGACAAUAGACAGCAAACCUCACUGUCUAUAGAGAACUGUAAUAUGAAAUCCAAUACGCCAAUAUUUUCAGACUCAUUUUGGCCAAUAAUUGAGAUUAUCGGCCAAGAUGAUAUCGAAACACCAAGACCACCAACUUUUUACUCCUAUUAUAACAGUCUGUUUGUUUUAGAAACAGACCUAAAACAAGACAGACAACAUUUGAUUCUAUUUUAAAUGUAUUUCUUUUUGAAUAUAGACAUGUCUGCUGUCUCUUUACGACACUUCAAAAUGCUUCCAUACAGUUCGGUACAUGAAUACAUGAUGAUUAUCGGCAAAAAUUUCCACUCAUACCCCCUCGUUAGUUAUUAUUUCACUAUACUGAUACUUUCUGAUGAUAUUGUGCAUCCUUUAUCUAAACACAGACUUCAGCCUUUCUUUCAUUGUUGCUAUUCAUGAAGAAAGCUCGGAAAAGUAGUUUGCACAUCACCAAAAAAAGUCCUCUCACUCUGGGCCGUUAUGAAUCGGAUCAAUAGGUAAAAAAAUAAAUAAAUAAAUAAACAUGUAUUAAUAUUCAACAGUUAGAAAGAUGACCUUUUGGCUGGAGGAUGAUUGAAAACCAAAUUUUAUCCCAAGCACAGAAUAUUAAAGAGGUAAACUCUGUGUUGGUGUCUAUACUGAGUUUUUGCUGACUCUGCUCAAAAUGCUGCAGGUGUUAUAAUGUUCUUACCUUGAAUGAAUCAAUAAAUUUAAUAUAAAUGAAAAUCGUAUCCUAUCUUCAUCACUUUAACAAACUGCAAAAAACAAAGCCAACACACACCAACACCAAAAGUGACACACACAAACAGACACACACUUUGGCACAAACCCCUGGAGUGUUUGAAAUCCCUGAAGAGACGACGAUUACUUACAGAUGUGGCUUUUGCUCAAUCAUCUGGGUCAUCUGCGUUCUGAAAAGACUUUAAAAAAGGGUCUGCCAUAUGUGCAAGUGUUUUCAAAAUCAGCAAAAGAACAAAAAAGAGAGAGAGAGAGAGAGACAGAGAGAGAGAGUUACAGAUGAACAGAUUAAAAGACUCAGAAAGCUCCACUCUUUUUUCCUUUAUCAAAGAAUCUGUGCAGCAGUCCUGUUUUUGAUAUUUACUGUGCGCUUGGAACUUAAUUUUACAGAAAUGCUAAUUUUCCCUAAAGCCAAAAAGAUAAGAGAGCUGUUUUCCAAAUGCUCUUUGCUCAACUUUUUUUUUAUAAUAUAUUUCACAUUUUGUUAAAGACUUAGCCUUCAUCCUGGUUGUUUCUGCAUAAUUUCCACCUUUUAGUUUUUGAUGCCAGCACAGCAUUUUACAGCUGCUUAAAUCCACCAGGUCAGAUUGUUUUUCAGAAAAGUUUUUUAAGGGUAUGGAAAUUGUAAAACUGUUUAACUAAAGUGCACUUAAUAUAUGCAAAUGUCCCACUGAUGUGCUGGUGUCAAUGGCCUCUCUGCUUUAUUAAGUAUUGAUUGAUGUGGUUGUCCUCUCAUUAUAGAAAUCGCUUCUCUUCUCCUCUUUUCUCUCUCUCAGGAUGAGAAGAACCAAGUGCUAAUGACCAACGCUUGGCUGCAGCUGGUGAGUAAAACUCUUGAGAAGGGUGCGUUAUCGAUUGAAUCACUUAAGUUGAGCAGAGAGUGAGAACUAAAGGAAGAAAAAGUGUACUGAGCACAUUUGGGUGUUAAUGACCCAAAUGACGACAGCUGAAAAAACUCACAGCUAGAUUCAGAACUUUAAACCAAAGCUAAACUACUAAACAGGUUGCUUGUUGCUCACUUGGUGAUACAGCAGGAAUUCCAACUUGAAUCAAUAAGUAGGGAACUUUUUUUAAGGGUCAGAGAGGAGGAAAUUUAUGAUUCAAUAGAUUUUACAUUUUAAGUUGUUUCUGCCUGGAUUCAAUUAAGGUUCGACCUGUUUAUUCAAUCUACAACAGCCACUUUAAAUAACAUGAAGGUAUUUUACUGACUUCAGUUAGAUUGGUUUAAGCAAACGACUGGACAUUGCAGAUUUUGCAGAUUCAUUUGAAUUCUAAAGCAAAAACCCUUUCUUGUUUUUGUCUCAGUACUGGACAGAUAUCUACCUGAGCUGGAAUACAGAGACUUUCCCUGGUGUUCAGAACCUGAGGUUUCCUUCAGACCAGAUCUGGACUCCUGACAUCCUCCUUUACAACAGGUCAGCUCUGCUUUCUUCCUUGAAUCUGAGGCUUCUUUCUCAUAUAUGAGGCCUCACUCCAACUCUUCACUGUAGAGAGUGCUUCACUGAUCACUGAUUGGUUAAUAUCACCUAGGCAGUUAAUAUAUCCAAAUCCAAAAAGCAACUCACACCCAAAGACUGACCCCCUGAGGUGGAUAACAUCAACAGCCCCUGAUCCUCCUCCUUCUUAUGUGCUCUUCAUGCUGCUUAUAAAUGGUACAGCAUCACCAUGUUAUUUUUAGAUAAUAAUGAAGCUUCAGAUCAUUGUGGAGUCAGUAACACUUUACCAUUAACAAGCAAUAAAAUUAUGAUUAAUUAUAUUCAUUAAUUAUUAUUGGACUAUUUAUUACAGGUUUAUAUAGGGUUUAAAUAUUGGUUGUGAAACAUCUAGAUUGAAAUGUGUGUCAGUAGCACUUUGUAAAUGGUUAAUAUGUUAAUGUUUUUUUAAACCACCUAUAAACAUUACUUAGAUGGUUAUUGUAAAGUUGCAACUGAUGUUUGUAAUACUUUGUAAGUUAUUAAUAAGUGGUUUAUAAACCAUCUAUAAACAUUACUUAGAUGUUAUUGUAAAGUUAGGGUUAGGUUUUUAAAAUUGUAAAAUUUACAAUUUAUUCAUGGUCUAUAUGCUAUUUAUAAAUGAUGAUUAAACAUUGAUAAACUAUCUGCUUACCAUUUAUAAAUGGUCUAUUUACCAUUUAUAAGUUAUGGUUAUUGUAAAGUGUUUCCAUGGAGUUUAUAAAAAGGAAAUGCUUUUCAGCUUCAGGUUCCUGGAUUAACUCUAAAAACCUCUCCUGGACUGUCAAAACCUCAGCAAAGUGGUUAAAACACAACAGCAAAUUUCCUUUCUAAGGAGGUUAAGAGAAGCUAACCUUUUCUGAAGGCUGCUUGUCAACAGGGUGCACCACAGAGACUACCCGAACAAAUAACAUGACCACUGUGUACAGCUGCAGCAGCCAAGCUGACAGAAAAGCCCUGCAGCGUGUCGUAAAUUCAGCACAUUGUGGCACUGAGUCACCAACGCUUAGAUAUCUCCACAGAAGUGAGGAGCAGGAACAUAUUUACAUAUGACAUUACAUAUCAUGGUCACCAUCUGUUUAGGCUGUCUCAUAAGGGAAGUGCUUCAUUUCAGACAUUCAAGUAGACUUAAAAACAGCUUCUCUCCGAAAAGCUGUGGCAAAAAUAAACUCAUGCGUCAUGGUCUGAAUUCCGAUGUUUUGCCAUUUUUGGAUGUGUGGAAUAUUUACUUACAUUUUACCACAGAUUAUGUAAAGUAUCUUUACUCUGACCACCUUGUCGUUGAGCACUCAAACACACAAUCACGUCAUAUCCACCACCUCGAAACGGUCCUGCGCUUUGCCUCUAAUGCUCUCUGCCUCCCAGAUGAAGAAAGUGUUUACAGAGGGGCUGAAGCACUCAAGGUCAUGACCUUUGUGAUUUCUGUUUACAUAAUGUCCCCCUCUUUUAGUUUGAUACACUUACAUUUUUUCCCUGCUGUCAAACAUAAGUACAUUAACUUUGUAAUCCAUUAUUGUGGAGUCCUCUCUCUGAAGGACGGCGUGUUUUCCCUGUUUUUUCUUUUUUUUUUAAGUUGUUUUCGGGUGAGUGUGAUUGAAAAAUCGGUUUAAUCCCUCUGGUUCAGCGCUAUUUUAAUAGAUUUUGUUUUUAAUCUCUACAAACCCAUGACAGUGUCAGGGUUGCUUUAAGCCAAUGUUAUAACAAGACAUGACAUUUUAAACACUUAGUAACUCUGCCAACAUCGAUUACUGUAGUUUAUUUUGACUGUAAAAAUCUCAUAGACCUCUAUCAGCAUUAAAAAUAUAUAUAUAUGUUUUUUCUUUUUAUACCAUUAUUUGGAUACAAAUUCAUUGAAAUAGAUUUAACAUGUAGGAGGGGGCUUUACCACAUCUAUUACCCAGUAUUGUCAGGGUCUUGACUGUCUCAAUUCAAACCCUCAUUUAUCUAAAGCAACAGAUCAAUAGGCGACUGAACCGUUUGUGGUUUAAUUCAGACCAGAGUGUUAACAACACUGUGUCUUUAUAGUGAGAUGUCAGGGCUUGGGUCAUGAUUAAAGUUAAUAAGGUUGAGCCAGCUCAUUGCGUGUCUUGAUUCAGGUCAGGCUGCUGGUGUUUGCUUAUACACUUUUCUUCACACUUAUCUGUGAGGAUUUCUCGAGUCAUUUAGAAAUGUAGGCCAUUUUUUUUUUCCUCCAGAAAACUAAUUGCAUUGCGUUUGCAUGCUUGGGUUACAGACGGAUGAUCUGGUCUUAGACUGCAGGGAAAGAAGGACAAAAAGAUGGAUAGAUUUAAUCACAAAGAGGAUAACAAUGGCACCGUUAAAAUGUGUUGGGCAGUGUUGUAAAUCAGAAAAGUCAAACACAUAAUCAGGGUGAGAGAGACAGACAGCCUAUCUUCAGUGAUGCUGUUGAGUGUAAAGACACUUUGAACCUCUUUCCAUUUGCUUCUCCCCAAUAUUAAUCUUACAAACACACAUUUAAACACACAUCUACGUAAGAGAGAACACAAGGACUAAACAAAGGUUGGGGGUAUUAACCCAAAUUUUAAAAGCUCAGCUUUUAGACCUGCCAGGAUUACCCAUCCUAAUCUCUCUGCUCGUGCCCCUCUAUUUCUCGUCUCUGCCGUCUACCCUCUGCCUCCUCUCUUCUACUUCUCACUCUCUUUCUCCAUGAUCAUCCCGCCUUUCCAUCUAUCCUCUCAUUUCAUUCUAUUUGUGUCUCCCUCCGUCACUCUUUCAUAACUCACUGUCUCACCAUAAUUCACUCGAUUCAAUCAACCCUUUCCCUCCAUAUUUUAUUGUUUCCAGCCUUCACCAACUCCUCUUUAUAAAUCAUCCCAUCUACCUUUCUCUGUCUGUCAUGGUGUCAGCAUGUUACGCUGCUGCUCCUCUUACAGUCUACCUGUAAGUGUAUUCUCCUGUAAGAUCUUGACUAUCAUAGACACAUAAGUCCUGUUUCAAAAGUUUUUAGAAAUGAAGACUUUUUGUCUGAUGUUCACAGUGCUCUCUAAUAUCCAAGUCAGAGGGUCCUCUGGAACAACGUUUAAUCCUGAAUCAAACCUUAACAUUAUGUACAUGAUGUACAGGGAUACAUUGCAAUUUUUUUUAGAUGUAUCACAUAUUAAUCCUGUACAUGGUGAAACACUGUGCUAGUCUGCUCAAAGAGGGGUCUAUAGAUAUGACAAUGGAGAGGCGGGUGAUGAAAAGAUUUUGAGCUAUCAGCUGCUUUUGUUCAUGCUCAUCAAUCAACAGAUUCACAUAAAGAGUGCAGAGGUCUUAUGGCCUUGUGAAGAUCCUUUUAUGGGGUGACAACAGAGGAUACAGGGAAUUUGUCACCAUACACCAUCUUUACUAGAGUCACAUGGGAACCUCUGACCUGACUAAACAAAGAUUAUUAGGACUCUUCUUGAGAUCAUAAAUAUUGUUGACAUUUGAAGACAUCAGCAGUUUAAACGCACUCACCAGCUCUGCGACCGUUGCCUGGAUUGCAGGACGGGAUCUUGUGUCACUUUUCCUUGUCAGAGGUGGCAAUAGCCCUUUAGUCUGCUCUUACAUCUGUGCCUGAUAGCUGUCAUUAAUUCUUGAAAAGAAGCUUAGCCUGACAUAAAAAAAAACUAACAUUUUUUGCCACAAUGAAUGCUGGCAGAAACUAAUGUUUUUGCCACGGUGUCAACAGGCAGUGUUGAACUGUGUCCAUUGAUUUGAUUUGAGUUGUGUGAUCAGAUUGUCCAAGGCGAGAAUCAAUACUACUGUCAUGGGUUUUAACCAAUUAGAGUCUACGAAAUAACUGGCUUCAUCAUUAACUGGCUCCAGAUCCUCUGGCAGAGUUCAUCAGCCAAAGAAACAGCCUCGAGCGUGUCACUCGAGGCUCUGCCAGAGGUGACUGUUACAUUCCUCUGCGCAGGAGCACUUUCAGUAAGUCAGCCUGGUCAGUAAGGAGUGUAAGUGCGUGGAACUCAGUACCUGAGGAGGUUAAACUGCUUCCAACGUACAAGGCAUUCACAAAAACAUUGGAAAUGUGGCUUAUCAACACCUACAGCUGCCAACACUAAAAGAUUCGCCUGUUGUGAUGUUUUGAUAUUAUGAUAAAUUGUUAUGUUGUGAUGUAUUUUUUCUUAAUUGUAUAGUGAGUGUUUGAAUAUGUAUUUUGUAUUAUAGUGUACAUGUAUUGUGUUGUUUUUUCUUUUCUUUUCUUCUUUUUUAAAUUGUAAUUUUACUGCCUUUUUUACAUCAUGACCAGGGGACUACAGAUGAAAACUAGCCUAAUGGCUAAUUCUGGCUUUUUUUAACCAUGUGUAAUCAUGUGUUUUAUGAAAUUGCGCUGUCCCCUUUUGAAUAAACUAAUCUAAUGUAAUCUAAAGAAUCAUGCAAAGCAGGUCAAAUAUUUAAUGUACCUAUCAUUAAAAACAGCCGCAGAUGUCUUCAGCAAGGAAAUGAAAAGAAAAAGUGCAGACAUUGCCACUUUUGUUCCUCAUGCUCCAUGAAGUUGGAUGUGAUAAUCAGUUAAGUGUGGCUAAAGGGAAACAUGUAGCUUACAGCUGACUCCCAGGCUCAGCUGUAACACCCCCCUGAGGAGAGCUUAAAGUUCACAGUUUUGAAGCAUGUACAUAGAUCACUGCUGGAAAUUCACACGUGCACACUGAAACAAUUAGCAUACACACCUCUGAGUGCUCCUUUCACUGAUCCACAGCUAAUAUCUGUGCUCACACAUGCCAAAACACACAAAGAUAUCAGUUUACAGGCAACAUACUCCUCACCAGCCGUGUUUACAUUGAAAAUCCUCUUCUCCUUAUCCACACACAUACUCCGUCACACAAUUACAGCCCAUAAUGGCACCGCACACGUCAUUACACAGUGGGCUAUUAGUGCGCAACCAAUAGCACUUCAGUCUUACUGUGUUGAAUAGAUGCAUUCAAGCUUAUUAGCUCUGCAUUCGGAUGAGACCUCGCUAUAAAUUAAAUCAUUCUCAUCUGUUUGUUUAAUGAUGUUUAGAAGUGCCGUGGUCAGAUGCCAACACAGAGAAAAGAGACUUAGAUAUCGGCUGUAAUGACUCACUCAGCUUUUAGUGUCCGAGCAUGAACUGUUUUCUAAUUCUCUUAUACUGCUUUUCAUAUUUUCAGAUCUUGCCGACUCACUCUGUGUCAUAAAUACGCUCUGUAUAUAAUAAGUCUAUACUUAGAGUCAUGGAUUUACUAUCCAGCCCAUAUGCAUGUUUUCUGCCUGGGGAAAAGUAUGUCAUCCAGCAUGUUUUUGAGGUUUUCUUCAGCCUGAUGACUCACCAGUUCAGAAUUUAAAAAACAUCUGACUUUCUGCUUAUUGACUAUAAAUAUGUAUGUAUUUAUUUUAUACAGUUCAGGGAAGUUUUGUAUUGUGAAAUUCAAAAGACGGUUAUGAUCGAAGAAAAGUGGAUGUGACCUUCAUAAAGAUAAACAGAAGUUCAUAAAACAUCUCCUCCUUCACCAGAGAAAUAAGCUGUAAUCUUUAUGGUGGCUCCAGUUUGUCUAACAGCUUACGCAAAUACUGUGUGUAUCUAUUUAGCUUUGUGCGUGUGUCUUAGAGAAGCAGAAAUGUCUUGUGUGUGUUUGUUUGUGUCUGUAUAAAGAAUAUCCAGAUUUUAAACAGCCCUGUAAGCUGCUGACCUCCUCUUGUUAGAGGGAAAAGUCAAUGGUCUCACUUGACUGAGGAUCGAUGAGGCAGAUGAAGGACAUCCAACUCAAGUGAAACCACAGGCAGAAUCCUAAUUCUGAGAAGAAGGUAGAGGAAAUUCACAGACAGAGCACUGUGACAGGCCAUAAAGAGGAAAGGGGAAUCAAUCAAUUGAAUGGGUGCUUGAGGAGAAUUUGUUUUAAGAGCUUGAUUGCUGGUUGAAAAAUGGACAGACCAGAUUUGAUGACCUUUCUGUGAUUUUACAUUUUUUUCUGUUUGCAGUGUUUUCAUAAGUGGAGAAAGGCAUGUUUCAGUUAUCAGUGACAGACGUUUAGUUGUGGCUUGGUUGCCUUGUUAAAAGGCAACUUGAUAGCACCUAGAUAGGCAACAGCACCUCUCUCGUUAACGGACCAAUGUCCAUAUUUCAACAAGUGACACUUCAAGUCACAAACCAAGAGCUAGUGCAACAUAGUGGUUCAAAACAUACACUUUUCAGCCAUAAUAUUAUAGAAACUUGGGUAAUCUAAUACAAUCAAUACAAAUUCUACAUUCAGGCAGCCUCUGGACUCUGCUUUUGAUGAGGGUUCCAUGUAUUUUGUCCACGUCAUUCAAGGGAUAUUCCGGCAUAAAAUUAAUUUAGGGUCAAACACACCGUAACACAGAAUUAGACACCCCCUUGAGAGAUGAAUGUUGCUAACUGCUUGCUUCUCUAGUUUGACCAACUUUAAUAAAGACUGCAGGAUAGCAAUACACAGCAGUCUGAGGAGCCAUAAACAAACCUCAACCUCUAACUCGGUGUUACGGUGUGUUUGACCCUAAAUUAAUUAUACGCCGGAAUAUCCCUUUAACAAACAUAAAGGGGAGCAAAACAUAAAAAACACCUUUCAAUAUAAUGCACCUCACUGCACUACUAACACACAAUUUUAAUAACUAAUUUAAAGAGCAGACAUUUCCAUGUCAACAUAAACUGAUUUAUAUAGUAAAAGUAGAAUUUAUAGUAGAGCCAUUGUAUUGGGUCACCUAGGUGUUCAUAAAACCAUGGCUGGUCGGUGAAGUCUGUAAUGACCAGUGUGAGGAGGGAGUGAUGGUAAAAAUACUGUGAUAUAUCCAGCAGAUGAUUGAUUUAAAUUUUAUCCCAGUAUAUAAUUUUACUAACAAAAAUGAUCCCAUGCCCUCUGCUCCUGUGGAAACGGGGAAGACUUUCUCUCCUCAAACACGUGUGCAGUAUGUGGAUGCAGCCCGACUUCCCCUAUAGGAUUCAACAUGCAUCUGUACACUGGAUAUGUUCUGCUCGCCUACAGCUUCACUGACCAGCAAGUUAUCCACACAGCUGCAGUCAGAAACAGUGCCUGAGGCUGUGAAGUUGGAUGUAACAUUUCAGAGCUAUACCACAAAGUACAUGGAUGGAUAGGUCUUUGAUGUAUGUGGUAACAGUAUGCUAUGAACUGGACACAUGUAUCUCUCAACAGUGGAUAGUUUAAAGCCUCAGGGUAUACUUAAGCCUCUUUUGAUACACUUUUUUGAAGCUCACUUUAUUCGUAUGAUCCUGAUUUGACAUAUUUAGAGCUUAGUGCAUCUCUCAUCAUGUGAAACAAGCUUUGAUUAAAAGCUCCUUUAUGUUAUCCUGUUACAGUCCUUUUGUGAUUUCACAAGAUGUACUACAAUGUACACAUAAAAGCAGCAUGUAAUGUUUUAUCUUGCACUGCGUGGCUCUCUGGCUGCCUCAGGAACUCUCCUCACUUUUUAGCGACUUUCUAGUUGCCAUGUAAGUGUGGGUGUCAGGAAGGGAGUGUUCCUGUGUGGAUAGCAGCAGGUGUUGAGUGAGUGUUAGGAAGCUUUGUGACUUAUGUCCCAUGGUGCAGGAACCUGUCACUGCCACCUUUGUCAAUGCUGACCAGUCCCCACCUUGCUCCCCUCACAUGUCCACAGCGAGAGACAAGAGAGGUAGAAAGUGCAACGCUGAAAGAGGACUCCUACUCAUUCUCCCAGGGCUAUCACUUGUCCAUUUGUAUGCAUAUUUCAGAAUUAUCUUCACAGUGAAAAGAAGUCUUUUUUUCCCCAAGUGGUAAAGUUUAAUUUAUUCUAUACUGCUCUGUGAAUCACGUCUCUUCUGCAGUUAUACAACAUGAAUAGUAUAUUUUCUCCAGAGCUGUCCAAGAGUCCAGGACUUAAUCUUCUGUAAAGUAUGCAAACGCUGAUUGCAGGAAAGUGCACACCUUCAGAUAAAGCAAGACCAAAUCCUUGAAUAAUUCAUCAAAUAACUCCACGAUGGCCACCCGCCCACACAGUCUUACCCAAGCACUGUGAGCCACAGCUGAUAGCGACACACACAAAGAAGAGAAAUAAAUUACAACACUUAACCCUGGAGAAAAAGGGAUAAAUCAUUCAAUGAGAGCAAAGACGGGGAUGACUGGGAUGGGUCGAUCCACAAGUCUUGUUAAAAUGCCAACCAUGUUCGUGUCAGGAAUCAGGACUUGAGGAUGUGAAAGAUGUUAUCUUGUCUUGCUUGGGAUUGCGGGGUCUGUGUUGUGAGUUUUUGCAUGUACUGGUGUGUGGCAUGUGUCUUUUCACGUAUGUAUUUUAGAGAGAGGGCUCAGUGCGUGAGUUUGCAUUUUAAGUGGGUGUCGACUGUGAAGGAGAAGGAAUUCCUGCUCCACAAUGGGCUUUGUACAGACCCCUGUGUCAAUCACAGGACUUGGUGUAUUGUGUGAAUUAAAGAGGUUUUAUAAGCGAUAAGUGAAAAUCCGUCACUCUUGAGGACAGCAGGUGUUAGAAAAUGAGAUAAAACCGUGUUUGACAUUUCCCAUCCUUUGUUGUAAUAUUUUUUUUUUUAAACAAUUCUUACCAUAUUUCUUCCAGUGUGUUGGAUGUGGUUGUAUUUUUACAAUGGUUUUUCUGUUGGAAGUGAUUCUUUACUUUGUAAUUUGCUAAUAUGAACAUGAAUUUACUGUGAAUCUUAAGACCCUUCAGCUAUUGUAUGGCUGUAUUAUGACCCUCUGAUGUAAACAACAGACACGUACAUCAGGGCCCUGCAUGCUCUGAGCCUGCUCAAAACUGAUUUUUAGUUUUAACUUUCCAGGCAGUAAGUCGGCUAACUGUUUUCCCAGUCUAAACAACAGACAGAAAAUCUGAAACCCAUUGCCUGGCUGAACAAAAUAAAGAUAAAUUGGCUAGGUAACUGUAAAUAGAGGUCCAGGAAAUCCAUUUAUGUUCUAUUUUAGGCAUCCAUUUAAAUAACAAUUUCUUUGAUAGUGGGGAAAGGAACGCCCAAAACAAAUAGAGUGUGACAGCAAUCUGAGAAAAAAAGUGCAGGUUUAAGCAGGUUAUACGCGACUAAAAACAAACUGAGAUACUCUUCCUUUGGUCUUAUAGUUCAGACUGUACUGUUGGCACUUUUUCAAGGAGUACACACUCCAAAUGACACCAGAGGGGUAACUUUUUAAUGCUUAAUUGGAGUUCAAAUGCAGUGCAAGAGCUGAAGGUCAAGAGCUUGAGGCAUUUACUUAACUACAACUAUCUGUAUCCCCAAAAGAAAUGUUUGCAAUCCCAAUGCUUUUGUGGAAUACAAAUUGUUUUUGUUUUUUUUCUUGUGCUGUUUGAGCGGACUUCUCAGGCAAGACCCAAAACAUUAAAGCAUUAUUUAUUCAGGACCUGUCCAUGGGUGCCCAUGUAUCAUUUUAACAGGCUAAAUCCUUGAAGGAGGCAUCUUUGGGGUUUUCUCAGUCAGCUGAUUUUGCAUUACAAUAGGACUGAAUAUUUAAUAUCACUGCACGCUGGAUUUCACCUUGAUUUAAAGUAUAAAUAUGCAGUUUAAGAGUUGGAGUAGUACAUCAGAUGGUCCACUGAUGUUUCUUUAAAUGAAUAAUUCCCAUGCUCAUUGUGGCUGAGAGAAAACAGUGCAUCUCAGUUCAAUACCGUAUGUGUGAAUGAGCUGACUACUUUGCCCUUUUGUCACAAUGUGAUUGUUUUUUACAGACUGUUCCCUGUAAAUGUUUUACAGUUGACUAACAACAGUAAUGCUCUGAGCUCUUAAAGUGGCUGUAGAGACCUCUGAAUUACCAAACAGCCUAUAGACGCAGCUUAAAACUAGUGGAGGAACAUAGUUGAGCUGUAAGCAGAUGUUACCCUCAGGAGUUGAUGGAUUAAAAAAAUGGAGUUAAACAGAGUGAACAUUGGCUCAGUAUUCACCAGGUGGCAGAAACAAAACCUGAAAUGAGUGAUAAAGUUGCUAUGUUAUGUGUAAAUAAUAAACUGCUUUUAUUCAGUCAGUUGUUUCAAUUAGUGACCAAAGAAAUGUUUUCAGUGCACGUUACAAUGUGAACCCUUUUUUAUUUCUUUUUUUAGUUGUUUUUGACUGAUUGUGCACAUAGUAGUUUAUUAAAGCAAAUAAGCUAGGAUUACACAAUUAUCCUCCUCUGACUCCCUUCAUUACACUUUCAGAUACAUUCCCAAAGUUGUUUUAGUCUCCCCCUGCAGUAGUAUAAACUAACAAACCCAUUUCAGAGUAACUGCCAGCUUACUCCAGCAUCAUGCUAUAAAGCAAUUUAAAAGUCAAUAAAGAGGUCUUUCUAAAGACACGGCUUAAUCUCAGAGCAAGAUAAUGAACUGUUAAAAGGUGUGUGGACACAUUAGUCUCUAUUAUUCUCUCCAUAGUGCGGACGAGCGCUUCGACGCCACCUUCCACACCAAUGUACUGGUGAAUGCAUCAGGUUACUGCCAAUACAUUCCCCCUGGUAUCCUGAAGAGCACGUGCUACAUCGAUGUGCGUUGGUUCCCUUUUGACGUGCAAAAGUGUGACUUGAAGUUUGGCUCCUGGACUCACAACGGCUGGCUGCUGGACCUCCAGAUGCUGGAUGUGGACACGUCCACCUACAUCUCCAAUGGGGAGUGGGACCUCGUGGGUGAGAGAGGAACAGUUAUUUUCUUGUAGCUGUAGUCAUCAACAUUUAUGACUUCAUAAGAAUAUUCAAUGCCAUGGCAGGAGCUAUUGUAAUCAAUUACCCUUGUUUUGUAAAUUGAGUCCUUGUGAAAAAAAAGCUCUGAAAAGCAAUUCUUUUAAAGCUCUCCAAAUUACGACACAGUAAUUACUGCUUAAUUUAGUCUGUGGAACAAAGUGAGAUACUCCAGCAGUUCAUUUAGACAAUAUUCAUGAUCUUUUCAAUUUCUUAAAGCAGACCAUUUUAGUGCCCAAAGGCUCGUGCCCACAAAGAGCAGCUGCAAUUCAAUUAUACAGAUAAGUUCAUGAUUCAACAUCAUUAUGGUGGAUAAUUUGAUUUAAGAGAAUUCCUCAGGAGGGUGUUUCCAGAAAGGAUAAGGAUAUCAAAACCUGUUCACUUUUGGAGGCUACAUUGUCUUGUUCCAAAUCAGGACUUCAAAGAUUUUGUCAUUUGGUGCUAGAAAUAGUUGUUAGAAAAACAGCAAACCAAAUCCUUAGAGUUUGAGGUGAGAUAGUUGAAUGUAAAAAGAAAAACAACUCAAAAAGUCACUCCAACUCAGAUACAAUCCUGCCUCAAAGCUGAAUCAGAUCAUUCAUCGGGACAUUUGACAUAUCUAAACAGACAAACAGAGUCAUUAAAAUUGUUGAACUUUACUCCUCCCUCUGGCACAAUUUGUUUGCAGCAGCUUAUUCAAAUAUGUUAAAACACAACCAAAGUUCAUGCAUCAGUGUGGGAGGAGUUCUAACAUGUACACUUAUCCUGGUCUGACUGAUUAAUAUAUCAGUCUGGAGAUCUCAAACGUUUAUCAUCUUGUUUGUCCACGAAUAUCUAACCCUUUAAGUGUUUGUGUGUUCUCCUCUCUUAGGUGUGCCAGCCAAGCGCAAUGAGCUGUAUUAUGAGUGUUGUAAGGAGCCAUACCCAGAUGUUACAUUUACGGUCACAAUGCGCCGCAGGACACUGUAUUAUGGCCUCAAUUUGCUCAUCCCCUGUGUGCUGAUCUCUGGCUUGGCCCUGCUGGUCUUCUUGCUGCCUGCAGACUCUGGAGAAAAGAUUUCUUUGGGUGAGGAAACCUAAAAAGAAACGCACAGCACCUCACUAUAAGUGAAUUUGAAAUGUUAAGCUGUGGAAAAAAGCUAUAUACGUUUUGCACAGGGCCUUUGGUAAGAUAAAAAAAAAUUAAAAUUGAAGUAAUAAGUUUUCAACAAACAUGAAAAGGUCCACAAGUUAGUGUUAUAGCUUUUACUGAUGCAGUCUCUACUGUACACCAACACGCAAAUACAUCAAGCACACCUAUAUUGCAGGGCAUGCACAUUUGUCUAAAAACCUGUUCAAUCGGAUAGCAACCCAUGAAUAUAUGCAUACCAAAUCACCUCAGAAAAAUUGACUUUCAAAACAAGAGGCCUGCUCCUAAACCUGUUUGGAGCAGUAUCAAUGCGAGUGGGUUUUGAUGAAUAGUUGUCAGCAAACAAGCAGUCACAUUCACCAAAAUCAGAGCGUUUGAGAGAUUUUUGCAGCUGUAACCUACCUUUGACAUGUCAGAAGAGCCUGCAGCGGAUAAAUGGUUACAGUCAUGAGAACCAAACUGAUUACAUACAAAAGUAAUUACAGAAAUGAUUUCUUAGUCCAGUGAUCCUGAUCACAUCGUUAUGUAAAUGCUCAUGUUCUCACCAUCUCUCUCUAUCUCUGUCUCAAGGCAUCACUGUGCUCCUCUCGCUAACUGUCUUCAUGCUUCUGGUAGCAGAGAUCAUGCCUGCCACGUCUGACUCUGUCCCUCUCAUCGGUGGGUUUAAUUUAUGUGUUUACAUGUAACAUGCAAGUGCAACAUGUUUAAGUGUGUGCUGGAAGCUACAGUGGCAUGUCUGCAGAGGAGAGCAACGUUGCAGAUGGAACAUUAACUCUUAAACAUUUGUAAUACACCUCUCCUGAUCUUCCUGACGCAGCAUUAGUUAAUGCAUGUGUGCCUCCUGUAAACACCAGAGGGGGAAAAAAAAUGUCUUUGGAAAACUAAAGUGACUGUACAAUCGAUCAGCAUCAGCAAACAGGCAUCGCUGACCACUCCACAGUAACAACUUAAGUGUCCCUCUGAGUCAUUCUUGCACUUUGAAUAAAUACCAAUGAUAUAAAUCAUACAUUAGUUAUUGCUCUCAGAGUUUGUGAGUUGCCUCACUGCUCUCUGUGUAUUGCAUAUGGCCUCUUUAAAAAAUAAUAAAUAAAAACCUAUGUUUGUAUACGGUUGUACUUUGGUCUGAGUAGCCCAAGGGUGCCUAUACAUCAUUCACACUUCUCCCGCUGGUGUGUGAAGUAAAUUGGGUGGCCAGAACUGAAGCUGUCAGCAACAUUAAUAGGCUAUGAAAUGAUCCUCUACUGGGCAAGAAAGUAAAGAAAGGUAAAAGAAGACAUAAUGGAUGAAGUGGGGAAGAAGCCACAGGGUAGAGGAAGAGAUGAGUAACCUUUGGGUUUGAGACCUCCCGGAGAAAUCUUCAAAGGUUUGUGAGGAGACUUGCUGUUAGCAUGUAUGAGAGAGAGAGAGUGUGUUGUGUGAAUCCCUGUAAUGUGUCAAAGUCAAAUCUACCGUACGUUUAAAGUGAACAUUAUGUCGGUGUAAGUGAUGAAGUGUUCAUGUUGAACAUGGUUACCACUACAUCAAUGUAUGAUAGCCUUGCUCACUGAGAAAAGCUUGACAAAUGCCUCACCAAAAAAAGUGAUAAUUCAGUAUUUUUUUUAUUCUCAUGACCUCAGCGCAAGGCCAUCAUAGACACACUGAGUGGGGUUGUUAAUAUGACUCAUGUCCCUCUACGAAGCAGAGGCUAAAUGUGGACAUGAGUUACUGUAUUUAAUUACAGUUCAUAAAACAGGCUGUUUUUAAUGCUUGAUUCUGAUUGGCCAAAGCCCGCUAACAAUGGUGAUUAAUUUUCGACAGCAAAAACAACUCUAGGGGCAACCUGAUUAUACAUGCCAUUGUCACACUUUACAUAAACCCACUCAUUUAUGAAGCCCUAUUAAUGCAUGUAUAACAAUUUUACAUGUGAUUACAGGCAUUCAUAAUAACCCAUAGGUUUAUUAUAAUAUAUACCAUCAAUAAUGCUUUCUAUAUGUGCUUUUAAUGCAUUAUAAGUGAUAGGUUUUUAUGUAUGCAUAUGUUUAUAAGUGUUACCCAUGUCAUGUAUUUGCAUAGUAGAGUCUGAGACGGUUCUCCUCUGCCUGUUAACAUGUGGCAAUCGUAUUUCAUUUAGUAUUUUCAAUCAAUAGGCUGAGAAACAUGAGGGAUUUGAAUGGUGGGUUUAUCUCCAAGAUUCCCAUACAGGGUUCCUUCACAGUUGGAAUUUCCAUACUUUUCCAUACCCUACUUUUUAGAACUAUUUUUGGAAAUACCUACUUUUCGAUUUCGGAAAACAGUAUUUUAGAACUGUGGUAAUAGUCUGGAAACAUAAAUAUUUUUCCAUACUUUAUUUUUCAUGUUUCAUACUUUUUAAUAUAUGGAAAUUCAUCAAAUUUAUUUCCAUACUUUUCCAUACUUGCAUAGGAACCCGCCUAUAGCUACAAAGUAACAAAAAAAGACAAGAGGAAAUGGUGAUAAGAACAAUAAUGCUGAUCAAAUUUGUGACUUUAUCUCAUCGUCUUCAAAGGUGUAGUGACUGCAGAGCUCUAAGAGAAGAGAGAGCUGAAGGAGCACAGGGUCCUGCUCCCCCUGUCCAGACUUUAAUUCACAUAACUGCCUGUUUACUAUACAUUAUAUCUUAUUUAAGUGUUUACAUUCAACCGCAGAAUUUAAUGACAAGAUAAAUCAAGCAUUAAUAUCAGUUAGCUGAGUUAGACCAGUGUUACUUGAUUCAAGAGCAUUUUGGAUUGGUUUCAGGUGUGUAAUUUUUUUAAAUUGUGUAUCGCAGUGUUUGCAGUUUUUGCUGACUUCAAAUUUCUCAUAGAAAGUAAUUAUUGCCUCAUGUUACAAAAACAUAUCUUUCAAUAUCUAGUUCUACCUCCUCUCUCCCAUUUCUUCCCCCUAAAUCUUAAAAAGCACCCGUCCUUGUUUCCAUUUAUCUUGUUUUUCAAUAACCUGACAAAUAAGGUCACAACUCUUGUUCACGUCAUAUGACAUAUUACUUUGCCGGCACUGCAGCAAGGUCGCAUAGUCCUGUCUUAGCGCGUCUUUGUUUACAGUCACAAGCAAACAAGAGAAUUGAGGGCAGACCUUCAGAUGUAUAUUUGUGUGUGUGUGUGCACAUGUUGUGGAUGAGCACAGUGCACAGUUAAUGCUCCCCUUCUUUUUACUCUUCCCUCAUAUGGGUCUUUCCAGAACCAGCACAAAUCCCCCACUUCUCUCCUUCUUUCUUGCUUUCUCUUCCUUACUGUUUUAUUUGUUUCCUCCUUUUGGUUUGUUUACUGUUAUUCUGUUUACUCCUUUUUUUUUUUACACAGAAUCUAUUUCCCUUGUUUAAAUGCAUACUUUCCUCUGGGCAAUAUAUCUUUUUUCACAGACGGCUUUGCUUUCCUUUUAUGUUUUGGUGUGAAAUCAACCUAUUUUUUUGGAGUUCAUUCAAGCUUAAUGUUUAACCUGCUAAAACAUGCCUGUUAUAUGUGACCGUCAGGAGAGGUCGGCGAAGAACUUCAAAAGUAGGUACUAAAGUGUCCCCCUGAGAGCAUGCUGAUGUUGCUCUUUUCUGUGCUUCUCUGCAGCUCAGUAUUUUGCCAGCACCAUGAUGAUUGUGGGGAUGUCUGUGGUGGUGACAGUCAUAGUCCUGCAGUUCCACCACCAUGACCCUCAGGGAGGCAAGAUGCCAAAAUGGGUGAGUGAGAGAAACACAUUUAAGGAGAUAACUCUAAGUAUCAUCAUUUUACAGUUUGGUGCAUCUCUCACAUCACUAUUAACAUUUGCACAACAGUUGGUGCAUUUCUCAGAACAAUUAGUACAAACUGCAAAACCUAGUGGAUAACCUGCAAAAGCACGUCACUUGGUCAAAAUGAAUAGAUGAUUCCUCAAAAGCAAGUAUUCGUGUCAAUAAAAGUGUCUGUGUUAUCAAAAUAAUAAGUCCUGACACCAUUUUUUAUGAACAAGACAGUCAAAUGGGUUUGUCAUGUUUUCAUUAUGACACUUUUCUCUCUCUGUGUUUUCCAAUGCAAGAAAGUCAGAUCUUGGUUACACUACCUGAAAAUGCUCAAGACAGCACUAUACACUAACUGUACAGCCAUUUGAAUACUACAGUAAAGUUACACAUUACUGUAUUUAGUGACGUAACUGAAUACAAGAUGCAUGUAUGUUUGACAUAUUUACUGCAUAUACUCUUUGCAAUUGUACAGCUUUGUGCAAAAUAAUAAAGUCACAGUCACUUAUUUAGAAUAAACAUAGGAUUCACAGUGGUUCUCCCUACAUUUGUUUGCACCUUUCGACCAGCCUCAGCCAUAAUGAGGCCGUGAUUGACAACAUGGUUCACAAGUGUAGCCCUAAUUUCAUCAGGGAUUUGUCUGUGUACUUCACCUCUUCUUCCUCUGCCCCUGUUUUGUCCCCUUCCCCUUCCUCCCCACAUUCUCACCCCUCCUCCACGACACUGGCCUUCUAUUUUGUGUCGCAGAAUUGUAGAAAUGGUACACACUAUGUCCUGCUUGGUUUAUAUAUGCUUGCCAAGUGAGGGUUCAUGGGAUUCAGCUCUGAGUGACUGUGGACAAGUGGCUUGUCAUUGCUCACAACUAAUGUGUCACACAACUCCUCAUGAGUUAAAACAAUUUUGUAUAUAAUGACUCAAGCAAUGAAAUGAGGACUAUUAGUUUCAUAGGGAAUGACUAUUCAGCAUUCAUAAGUAUAGUUCAUUUUGACUGACAUGACAGGAGCGAAUGAUAAUGUUAUAAAACAGCAGAGAAUUGUAUGAAAGAAACUGAUACAUGUCCAAGAGCAGUUACAAUUUGUUCAGAGGAAUGAGAAACUGCUAUGAUGAUGUGCACAAAUGACUCAAUGUUGUGGAGGUUGAACUGAUAGUUGUGAGAACUUUCAUUCUGAUCUAAGCGACUGAGAAAAACUACGCUUUUAGCAUUCUAGGAUUUUCGUAUAUUAAUAUUAGAUGAAUCCCACCCAUUACACAGCUGCUAAACGAGGCUACAAACAAGGACAAAAUAUUGAUAUUUUAUUGAUUUCAAAGUGAUUCAUGUAUACAGCCUGAUUUACUAAAACUGAACAUCCAUUUAAGGUAGAGUUAAUGUUAACCAACGGAGCUUUGCAGUUGUAAAGUUACACUGGCAUUAGCUCGCCUCUGCCUUCAGUGGGUGACUGUGACAUGUGAGCACUCAAAAGUUUAACACAGCUGAGUUUUUGCUGAGAAAGUCGGGUAAUAACGUAUUUCACCAUAUCGCUCUCGUUUUUCUCCCAGGUUCGAGUGGUUCUGUUGAACUGGUGCGCCUGGUUUCUCCGGAUGAAACAGCCUGGUGACGAGCGCAAGCGGCCAGGCUACAAGUACCGUCCCCCCACCCAGCACCACUCCAGCACCAGCUCCAUAGAGAUGGGUGCUGUACCGAGCCUCAGUGUGCCCCUCUCACAGACUUCUUGCCCACCGUGCCCCACAGGCACCUCCAAUGGUUCCAUGAGCCUUUACUUCAGCAACUACCACCCCAUAGAGAGCCCGCCCUGCCCACCUUCCAGUGACUCAGGGGUGGCACUUGGAGGACGCACCCACGGUUCACCCAGCGAUGAGGCUGAGCCACCUGGAGGAGUUGGCAGCAGUGUUGGGGGUCUGGGGAUGGGAGUUGGAGCUGGGAUUGGCGUGAGCAUCCCCCCACCAGAGAUCCAGCGCAUCUUGGAGGAGGUUUCGUACAUCGCCCAGCGUUUCCGCGACCAGGAUGUGGCUGAGGCCAUCUGCAGCGAGUGGAAGUUUGCAGCGGCGGUUGUAGACCGGCUGUGCUUGGUGGCCUUCUCUCUCUUCUCCAUCAUUUGUACCUUCACCAUCCUCAUGUCAGCACCCAACUUCAUAGAGGCUGUUUCCAAGGACUUCACAUAGCUGGUUUCAGCAGCAAGAGAGGAGAAAUAGGACAAUAGACAGAAUAAAGAAAAGAGAUUAAAAAAAAGGGGGGGAUGGGGAAAAGUUAUGUAAAAUGUGCAGUUUAUGGUCCUUAACAUUGAGCCUGUGAGCCCUUUGAGAAGACGAUGGGCCACACAGUUGAGAAUAAUUGUCUUUUGAAACUCUAAUAUGUGGUAGAGUUUGCGGCUUUUUUCAUUUGAACCAGUUAGGAAAAAAUAAUUCAAGGUUUCAGUGUCAAGCAGACGGUCAAGCUUGCAGGGGGUGAUAUGAAGGAAGCAUUUUAUGGGUUGUCUUUUUAAUAGUAUCAGUUUGAAUGACGGCACUGCAACGUGGAUACUUGUUGUCUUUACCCACAGAGCAGUAUAAAUGUCAUUGUUUCUUUAAAAACCAGCUCUUUUUCUUGUAUAAAACCAAGGUCCACCUCACUGCCUCUUUUCUAGUUCAUCUGUACCAGCCUGUGCUGUCUUGUGUGUGUCAUUCAGCACUAGUCCAUACACAGACUGUUUACCCUCUGAACCCAUCAGAAAGUUAAAGACUUUCUCUUCUUAUUGGCGUUGUAAGAAAGCGGUGAUGUGAAAGUAUCAUUUAGUGCUGGUUUAAAUAUCUGCAGAACAUGUCCCGGUGUGGAGAUCCAGUAAGGAUUGGUUUUGAAAGAAGGACAUAAACUCUGUCAAUGUAAUUCACUUUUUUUCUAAAUGCAGGUUUGACAGGAUGCAUGGUAAAGUGAUUAUCAAUGAGUUGUUGUAAUUGAUGAUUAAUAAUUAUAAACUGAGGAUGUCCAAACUUGGCUGCCGGCAGGUUGACAGAUUUGUCUGCUCCAGGGAGUUAAACUUAAAAGCAUUAUGUUGCAAUGGUGUACAUUUAUUGUGAAAGGAAGAGGCAAGGUUCAGAUCCAAAUGAGCUGUCUUCUGUCACCGUCCACUUUAUCAUGUUUUUUUUCUUCAGCUAAUUCAACUUGAUCGUACAUGAACCAUUCUCAUCUGGCACCAAGCUUAGUCAAGAGCAAAUCUGUCUGUGCUUCAUUUGAAUGAAGGGUCAAAUGUACUCAUUAUUUGCUUCCAGAUAAAUAAGCAAUAAAGCAUGAAAAGGUCAUGAAGAUGUGGGGGCGUAAAGCUGUAUGUCAUGAUCAAACUAAAUAUUUGAUCACUGCAAAGCUAAUGUUUAACACCAGUUAAUGUUAGGGAUCGAGCACUUUCUUGCCAACCUUGCAUUUAGUGGGAUAAGAAUUUUUGUCUUUUUAAUCGUCUUUUAAACACUUCAAAUGGUAGCAUUAGCUUUACCACUUUCUGGCUAAUGGUAACUGACUAAAUGCUGCCCUUUUUUAAAUCUAAAGACAGCUCAUGGGUUAUGAAUGAAUGGUUCUACUUUAAGAAGACUUUGACUUUUCAUUCACUUUCACUUAAGAAGCAGUCAAGUUUCAGCUUUUUGUCAGAUUCCCUAAAUCUAUACAACAUACAAACAGGUAAAACAGGACCAUAUGCAAUCUAAGUCACUGUUUCUUUGCAGGCAUGGAUUUGCUGAUAGACUUGUCCUCAUGCACAGUGCAAUACUACACAAUGCUAAAUCCCCUCCUGCUUGCUGACUCCAUUUGAAACAGAUUGUCAAGUCUAGGGUUGCACCAGUCAUCUGUUCAUUAAGACUGUCUGAUGAACCGUUAAGAACUCAGUGUCAUUUCACAGCAUCUGUUUCACCCUAAUUUUGAUUUUUAUUUUCUUUCACCCCCUUUCAUGGCGUGUUAAAAAUAACUGAUAGCUUCGACACAAGUGUAGAGAGAUGUUCUGAAAUGAAAUGCUUCAUUACAUCAGUUUUGUGCGAUGUGUUUCAUAUUUUACAAAACUAUCUGUGAUGUUACAAUAACAGUUUGGUUUUGUGAAGAAUGAGUGAUCCACUAUGUUGAAUCAGGAAAUUCUGUGUGGCUGUGCACAAAGAGAAAUGCACAAGUGUGUGUUUACCGUGUAGUCAAACACUGUUUUAUUGUUUGGUUAAUGAAUUCUGAGACUGCACAUUCAACUCUGAUGUGAAACUAAAGGAAGCAGUCUGAGUGGAAGUUAUAUUUCUGCUUUUAAAAGCCUCAUUUUUAUGAAGUUGCAGGAAUUUGUUCAUAGUUGUUUUAAUGAAGUUGCAGAUUGAUAGAUUUUUUUUAACCUUGAACUCAACAGAUAAUAUCGUACAGUAAAUCUUCUCUGUCCCAUCUUCCACCACAGUAUCACUGGAGAAUAAACUGUAGAUUAAAAAUGCCUGUGUGUUGGAAAGUGUUUUCUGUGUUUUGUAAAUGCAGCCAAGUGGCAGAUUCUCACAACAAAGUCAUUAGUGUGUUUAGUUCCACCUCCACCUUUCAGCCACCUUGUAUCUACUGUCAUUGGUGUCUGUAUCUCUUUUGCUCUUAUUCCAAGUGUGAGUAUUUUUGCUUCCAAUGUGAAUAAAGUUUAUUUAUUCUCUGUAAAA